UUCAGUUUCAGUCAGGGAUCCCAUUUCGUUCGAGUUGCUUAUUUAUUAUAAUUUGAAAUUAUUUAUCAAAAGUAAGAUAAGUAGAGAUUUAUUGUGCCCUUUUUUAAUGUUUUGAAACUACAAAUUUCUGUCUCAUAUAAAUGUGCUUUUCACUAAAGAUAGGAAUUCUGCUAACUGGACUAACAUAUAUUGUUAUUGGUUUGUUGCUGGUGAUCGAGUUAAUAAGAACUGGAUUAAAAGGCGUCACAAAAAUCCCCCACUCCUCGGAAUAUGCUGAACUGGCUCAAGUGGCCAGGUUUGGCUCUGGAUGUUGCAUAAUUUUCCUGACAACAUUUUUUGCAAUAUUUUGUCUUCACUUUUUCUACAAUGUAACUCCAGCAACGGCCAGUCAGAAACUUUUUGGAUUAGCAAAUCGUUGUUCGACUUGCACAAUGCUUUCGUGUGUUGUCUGUCUAUGUAUCGGUGUUACACUCGCAAUCCAAGGGAAACAUGGGGAUGGAUAUUAUUAUCCAUAUUACUUAGUCGUUAUUUGGGGAUCAAUUGUACAAAUAUUUUUUUGGGUCAGUCUGAAAAUUAUAAUUAAGCGAUCCGGAUUACAGCCGCCCCCACCAACACCAAGCCAAGUAGAACCUCCUCCCUCUGGUGCUAUUCCACGGCUUAACACCAGACUUAGAGAAACUACGAGUCUUGAUGGUGUGGAUUGUUGCAUUUGUUGUUGUAGUUGUUGUUUGAAAAUGGAAUGUAUCUAAAUAGUGUAUGUAUGUAUCCUAUGAACUACAUAUGUAAAAUUAGUAUAAUGCUGGGUGACACACAUGUUUAUUAUAAAAUCUGGAAAUUAAAUCGCAAGACACAUGAAACAUAA